UGUUUCGGUCUAGUGUUCUUGAUUGUGUGGUGUGUUCUUGGAAAUAAGUUUUCAUUAAAAGUGGUUUCAAAAAAAGUAAAUAUGUUGUGGAAAACUACCACAUUUUCAUUAGCCAUCAGCUAUUUUGUGCUAUGUGGAUUUACGACGGAAGUUAGAGCCGGAGCUUGCAUUAUUCCGCAACCACUGAAGGGUCAAGAAAUGAAUUUGGUACGUGUGGAUAAUGAAGCUUUACCUUCCGAUGAAGUUUUGCCGCGUCCACGCCUAGACGGACGUAUUGUAGGUGGCUACGAAGUGAAUAUUACGGAUGCACCACAUCAGAUUUCGCUGCAAACAAGUGGCGGACAUAUUUGCGGCGGUUCUAUAAUAGCGCCACGCUGGGUGCUUACAGCCGCCCAUUGUACUGAAGGUAAAACCGCCGAGAAAUUAAAAGUGCGUAUCGGCUCCUCAGAGGCAUCUAGCGGCGGCCAAUUGCUACGCGUCAAGCAGAUUGUACAGCAUGAGAAGUUCAAUUACUCCAAUGUCGAUUAUGAUUUCUCACUGCUGCAUCUGGAGAAGGAAAUACAGUAUUCCGACAAUAAAAAGGCAAUUAAGUUACCCGACGAGAAGGAUCAGUUUAUGGAUGGCGAUAUCUGUUAUGUGACGGGCUGGGGCAAUACACAGAAUGCCAGCGAGUCACGUCAGUGGUUGCGUCAAGCUGAAGUGCCGCUGUUCAAUCACGAACUCUGCUCCGAGAAAUACAAGCAAUUUGGCGGCGUAACAGAUCGUAUGGUUUGUGCUGGUUAUUUGGAGGGUGGCAAGGACGCCUGCCAAGGUGAUUCGGGUGGUCCACUGAUUACCAAAGAUGGCGUGCUGGUGGGUGUGGUGUCCUGGGGUUAUGGUUGCGCUAGACCUGAAUAUCCUGGCGUGUAUUCCCGUGUGCAAUUUGCGCGUGAUUGGAUACGACAGCAUAGUGAAGUUUAAGUUCGGAGAUAGAAGGGAAUUAUUAUAAAAACU